GGAAGGGGCAUGCACAAUCCUCAUUCCAUCAAAUCUCAUUCAUUCAUUCGCCCAAAAUGAAAUUCUCCGAAUUCCUCUCCGACUGCUGCUCCGUGUGCUUAAGUUGUAUACCCUGCUGCACGGUGUGCGGACACUCGGCCGCGGGCCGGAUAUGCUGUGAGUCAUGACGUCCACGUUAGCUGGGCCAUUUCCGAGGGAGAACACCCAGGCCCGUGCAUCCAGCGCAAGGACGAGGAUGAUGACGAUAGCGACGACGACGAGGACGCGAGCGGGGGUCGGAAUCCCAGCCAGAUACGCAUGGAUCCAGUGCAUCCGGGUCAGCCCGCGCCGUUGCAGCCGAUGCACGUCGACGAACAGCGAAGAUGACGACGACGACGCCACCGCGUGUUUGUCCAGAUAGGCUUUCCAUCGGCGCGGCGUUCUCGGGGAAGGCC